AUGUUUGUGUCGUCAUCGCAGAUUUUAUCAAAUUCUUGCACUCCAAGCCAUGCCGCUGGAGCUGGAGCUUCGGGGAGUUCAAAUGGGAACUGUUGUCCCCCUUUAACUCAGACCAAUGUAACUGACACUUCGUUCGGCAACGGCGAUCUUACUUUUGUAUACGAUAACAACGCUUGUCCUGAGACUGUCACAGCAACCUGCGCGUAAGUAUCGUUCGUCAUAACACUUCUGCAUUGUAAUAUUGUUAAGAAGAAAACCAUAGUAAGCUCACACAAAUGCCAUUGUUUUUCCAGAAUCCCAGCACAAGCCGGAGGCGCCAAUCUUGGGACCGCGAUCGUUGCAAACGGACAGAAUUUCCUCGCGACAGCAACAGGCACAUCAGUAUCCUUCCCCGGAACUUGUAAUGGAAAUGGACAAUGGCUGAUGGGGGAACCUCCUAUUACGAUAGAAACAUUAGAAUGUCGUCUGACGAAUGCAUAA